UUGCUUCCGCUGGCUGGAUAGACCAGUAUCGCAGAUUCGACAAAUAUUCCUGGUUUCCCGAAGUGAUUUAGUUUUUAAAUAAUUUAUUUAGGGUUUAUAUGUAGCUAUAACGUUCCACAAGUCAAUCUACAAAAUAGUGUUCUGUGUCUCUGUUUACUCGCAGGAGAAAAUGAAUGGAGAAAAAGCAGCUGGUUGCGUGUUCAUGUGCCACCUGUGCAACCUGUUUUCUCCCAGUCGCUCCCAGCUGCUGGCGCAUUGCUCCCAGAAUCACCCUCAGCUUGAGUCUCCAGAUGGCGUCAUUAUUGCACUGCAGCCCCUUGUAACGGAGCCAGUGGAGAAGCUGCCAGAGAGUCCAGUUAAGCGGAAACGAGGAAGACCGAAAGGUUCUACAAAAAAGUUAAAGAGCGACUUUGCGGAGGUCGCCGCUCAGCGUGAAGAGAAAGAUACGAAAAGAGAAGAAUCGAGAAUCAAGGAGGGAGAGCAGCAGUGCGGUUCAGUCAAAGAUGGGGAAAGCCAGGAUGGGGUGAUAGGGCUUGAAUGCAGAGACUGCCACCGCACAUUCAGCAACAAACGGCAGAUUCUCAAACACAUCUGCCUCAGAGAGGAAGAUGAAGAGGAGGCUGGCCAACAGAGCGGAGGGACUCGUGAUGAAGAAGAAGGUGAAACUUUAGGGGGAGCAGACUCAAGGCAGACAAAACAAAAGCUAACAACCCCUGGAAACAAAAGACAAAACGAUACCAGCAGCUCUAAACUCCCAAGAGUCAACCGAGCUUGCAGCGAAAGAAAAAAAACAACAGGACAGAAAAAAUCUGUCAUUAAUGUUGUUCUGACAGAAGAUGAAAUACUUCCAGCAGGUGUUUGUAAAAUGGUGCCAGUAGAAGAUACUUCAGCAGAAACAGAGUCAACAGCUGUCCAAGCGCAUCAGGGCAUUACAAGUGAAGUUACUGCCUGUGAAAAUAACCCGACAGCAGAAAACGAGCUGAGCUCAACUCUGAAUUCACAAACAGCAGCUUCAACCAGCAAAGGAUUCCAGGAAUAUUCUAUCAAACAAGAUGCUGCCAAUUUAGCCCAGAGCAAGCUGAAGAUCUUUGCCUGCGAGUUUUGUAACAAGAUCUUUAAGUUCAGACAUUCACUGGUGGCCCAUCUCAGGACACACACCAGGGAGAAACCCUUUCAGUGUCCGCACUGCGACUACGCCUCAGCCAUCAAAGCCAACCUGAACGUUCACCUGAGGAAGCACACGGGAGAGAAGUUCAGCUGCGAGCGCUGCGCCUUCAGCUGCCUCAGCCCCGGGCACCUCAAGGUUCACGUAGAGCGAGUCCACCUGAAGAUGAAGCAGCACUGCAGCUUCUGUGAGAAGAAGUACUCGGACGUGAAGAACUUGCUGAAGCACAUGGAGAGCCGGCACAACCUGAACGACUCUGCCGUUCUCCAGACCUACCAGCAGCUGAGGUUAAAGACUCGCCAGGGCCUCAGGCAGCUCCUCUACCACUGCCCCACCUGCAACCGGCGCUUCAAGAACCAGCAGGAGCGGGAGCGCCACCUGCUGAUCCACGGGCCUCGGCCGCCCUUCGCCUGCCUGCUCUGUGACCACACCGCCACCAAGAUGGUCGCCCUGGCCGCCCACGUCAGGAAGCACCUCUUCCUCUACCUGUGCAGCGUGUGCAACAAAAAGCUGGUCAGCUCGCAGAGACUGAGGGGUCACCUGGAGGAGAGCCACCCCGAGCUGGACAUGGAGCAGACCUUCGUGGACUCUAUCAACAUCAGCUACUACCUGAUCCCGCCCGAAGGAGGGGGAGGAAGAGAGGAGGCCGAGGACACAGGCGGCGGUGCCGACAGGACGAAGACGGAAGGCGACAAGGGGCCGGACGGAGAGGAGGAGGAGGAGGAGGAGGGGAAGCAACAGCAUGAGGAAGAGCAAACCAAAUCUGUGCAGGUGUUGGAAGAAGAGAUAGGAAAAGAAGAAAGAUUAAACGCAGGCGGGGUUUCCAAAGAUUCCCAGGACAAAUGUGAUGAGGCGGCAGCUGAGGAGAGGAUACACAAUCAAGGUGCAAAUGUUUCUGCAGCCCCCGACCCAGGAGCAGAGAUAACGCCUUCGUCUUUAUCGCCGGAGAGCGUCCGGACCUCAUCUCUGAAAGACAGGACUGGAGAAAACACACCUGCUGUAAACCCAGCCUGCCCUUCACCAGCAGGAGUUUCUGACUUAUCGGCUUUAGCUGCUGAAACGCGUUGCUCUUCCCAUUCCCAGAAGGAAAGCAGCCAAAGUUCCCCCGCAGAGAAGGGAGCCUUCCAGCAGGUGUUUUCAUCCCUUCAGAAAACCCGCCUCGAUAUGGAGACCUAUCAGAGGCUCAGGAAAAUCUACGGAGACCUGGAAUGUCAAUACUGCGGCAAACUGUUCUGGUACAAAGUCCAUUACAACGUCCACGUCCGCACGCACACCAAGGAGCACUUGCAUUACUGCUCCAAGUGCAGCUACUCGUCCAUCACCAAGAGCUCGCUGAAGCGGCACCAGGUCCAGAAGCACAGCGGCCUGCUGCUGCCCUGCUCCAGCCCCGGCUGCAAAUACGCCACACCUGACAAAUACAAGCUCCAAGCACAUACCAGGACUCAACAUGAGCAGGAGAGCCGAGCUGUCUGUCCCGUCUGCCAAGGCAGUUACCCGCAGCACAGAUUAAAGCACCACCUUAAAUCAUCCCACCCAGAGACGGUGCCGGUCGGAGGGAAGGGAACGAUGGUGCAGCGUGCAGAGAAGUGUCCUUACUGCGACUCCUACUUCCUGAAGAACAGCGGUGACUUUCAGCAGCACAUCUGGGCCCAUCAAGGUUUAAAGCCGUACGUCUGCAGCGUGUGCGACUACGCCAGCUGCAGCCGGAGCAACCUGAAGACCCACAUGAACCGCCACAACAGCGAGAAGCAUCAUCUCUGCGAUCUGUGUGGGAAGAAGUUCAAAUCUAAGCUCACGCUGAAGAGCCACCGGCUGAGCCACACAGACGAGGGCAAGAGGUUUCAGUGUUCAGAGUGUCCUUUCACGUCCGUCUUCAGACCUUCCUUGCUCCGACACAUGGAGCAACACGCUGAGUUUAAGCCCUUUCGCUGCGCUCACUGCCACUACUCGUGCAACAUCGCCGGUGCCCUGAAGCGACACUACAACAUCAAGCACCCGGAGGAAACCUAUGAGAACGCCGGGCCUGGACUGCCAAACCCCGAAACGCUGAAACAACAAGGUGGGAUGAAGUGCCCCGAGUGUGAGUUUGUUUAUGGCACAAAGUGGGAGCUGACCCGUCACCUGAAGACCAAACACAAUCUGAAAGUGGUCGAGGCUAACUGGGAGGUGGCAGAGGAAACAGAAGCUCAGUAUGUGUCUGCGAAGAAUGAAGAAGACCCGAGCGAAGCGCCUUUAGCUGUCCUGGAGGACAAUGGUAACGUCCAGCAGAUGGCUGAACUGAGCUCAGAGACUCACGAGGCAGUAGCCUCCAUGGUCGCCAUGGCUCCAGGCACUGUGACUCUGGUCCAGCAGUUGCAGGUGGCCCAGGAGCAGGAAGCGGGCGACUGCAGCAACCAGCUGAUGGUGGUGAACGCAGACGAGGCUUUUGAUGGCAACCAGGUGAUGGUGGUGGAGGACCAUGGCCUGGAUGCUCUGACGGUGCUCACCCAGGAAGAAAGCACGCACCACUACAUCGUAUACAUCCAGGAGCAAACCGUGGAGAUCAACUAGCGCCGUGUUCCUAUUUUCAGUGUCAUGUAGCAAAUGACAAUAAAGGUUGGGAUUUAGUGAAUCGUUA